UCAAGUAACUCCAACCCAACAACACACAACAGAAAGAGAGUUACUUACACGAGCCCCCUCACCCCCUACCAAAAACACCCUCUUCUCACAGGCGACAAAAAAACAACUAGCUAGCUCCCUCAAAACCCGAAGCAACAAACCUCGGCGAUCGAGCGUUCGAUCGGGAUAUAAUCAGUUUAUACACGUAGUUAGCUAGGGAUUGAUACAUCUUCAUCGCCACGAUGAAGUGGAGCGAAAGCGAUCUCGAUGUAAUCCUCGUCCCGCUCGCCUUCAUGGUGAUCGCCGGCUACCACGCCUGGCUCUGGCACAAGGUCCGCACCCAGCCCUUCUCCACCACGCUCGGCACCAACGCCGCCGGCCGCCGCUACUGGGUCGCCGCCAUGAUGAAGGACAACGAGAAGAAGAACAUACUGGCGGUGCAGACGCUGAGGAACCUGAUCAUGGGGUCGACGCUGAUGGCGACGACGUCGAUCCUCCUCUCGGCGGGGCUGGCGGCGAUCAUCAGCAGCACGUACAGCGUGAAGCGGCCGUUAAACGACUCCGUUUUCGGGGCCCACGGUGACUUCAUGGUGGCGCUGAAGUACGUCACCAUCCUGACCAUCUUCCUCUUCUCCUUCUUCUGCCACUCCCUCUCCAUCCGCUUCGUCAACCAGGUCAACCUCCUCAUCAACUCGCCUCAAAACCCCGCCGCCGACGAAGAAGGGGCCGUCGCCGGCGUCAUCACACCCGAGUACGUCGGCGACCUCCUGGAGAAGGGUUUCGUCCUCAACACGGUAGGUAACCGCCUCUUCUACGCCGCGCUGCCGCUUCUGCUCUGGAUCUUCGGCCCGGUGCUCGUGUUCCUCUGCUCCGUCGCCAUGGUGCCGAUUCUCUACAACCUCGACUUCCUGUUCGCCGACGCCGCCGGUGAGAAGAAGAAGAAACCCGCCGUCGACCACCAUCGUCGGUCGAAUUUGGUGUAGAAAAGUUUUAUCCUUUCUGGUGGACACAUAAUGGUGGAUGACAAUGCAAGUUUUUUAUUUUGAAAAAAAAAAUCCCAUGAAAUCAUAAUUGUAUUCCAACGGUGGUGGUUAUGUGUUAUAUGUAUCAUUUUGAUAAUUAGAUGUAUUUUGAUUUGGGCUUAAUUGACGAUUGGCUUGUACUUAAUUAGUUAAUAAAGAAGAAAACACAACAACAACAUAGUACAUGCCAUUUUUUUGUUUUAAUAAAGAGGGGAGAGUAUUUAUGACUUUAUGUCAUCAUGGGAUCAAAGAUUAACGCGUUGGAAGACUCAGAUGUCGUUGUCCAUCAUCUUCAAGCGUGAAUUGCUCAUGACAAAAAAUUUAUAACACGAUAUUAUGACGAGGUCGCAUUUAACGGGUGAAAAUAGUAACUUUAGAGGGUGCCGGUAGCGUUGUACAUGAAAAGACACUAUCUUUGUUUGCAACAGAGAGUAGGAGGUUUUGGACUUUGUUGAUCAAACGAGAGUUAGAUGAUACUUCAUACCUAACAUUUAUCUCUUGAUACGUUUAUCUACGACGAGAAGAAAAAUAAAUUACGUAAUGGGUUUUCGUUUUUUUUUUUUUUUUCUUAUUUAAAAUUUUCAGAUUUUUCGAAUUAUUUGGUGGGAUGAUGUGCAUGGUGGCAUCGUCCUACCUACUUUAGGUUCCACCAAAAAGAGAAAUGAUGGGGAAGAAAAGAGAGGAAAAGACCUAAGGGCAAGAAACUGUAGUCUAAUGGGGAGCCGCCAAGCAAAGCCUAGGAACACGAUUUUUGGCGAUAUUAUUAUUUGUGUUAUCUUAGGUGUUCCACUUACUUCCACCUAAGCACGCACAAUACCAUAAUUAUGUGCGGUUUUUGGAGGGUAGUGAUUCUGGGAUUCUUAGAAUACACAGAAAGAGGGGAUUAGGUUUGGCGGUUUCGUGCAAUUGUAACAUAUUCUCUAACUGAUACUCGAUCGUGACAAUGCUAUAGGUUAUAGCUUAUAACAACUUAGCCAAAUUUGUUCCAUUUUCCUUACCUUCCUAGCUAGUGAUUCGUAUUCCAAUUCGUUCACGUCAAUGCUUGGGGGAGAUAGAGUUGUCUUAUUCGGAUUCUAGUAUGGUUGGUAUUCGGUUGGUGUAGUUUGUUGGCCAUGAGGUCGGCAGAAACAAAGUAUGUGAGAUGAGGAUCACUUUGAUUGUUACAAAAGGAGGGGAGUGGGAUCACAGGAAAUUGUGUGGGUUAUCCGCGAUGGCAUGUUAAUUUUAGGUGAAAAUUCAUGAGUGGCAUUCGUUUGAGUCCAGGUUUAGAUCGCAUGUUGUUCACGUGACACAGAUGGUGGGAAACGAGGGGAAAGUGAAUGAUGAUCUCGAGUGUGGUGGAGGGCUCGAUUGAAUUUUGAAAUCACGAGGUGGAUACUUUGGAUUGCUGGUGAUGAUGCAUUGAUGAAGAACCUCGCCUAUUGUGACCUCUGCAUAAUAGGUAAACAGUAUGUGUUGUGUCAUACAAGAUAUGAUAGUGAACUUUUCGCUGCGCAUAAUUCUUUUCAUUAAAGUAUAAUGGAGACGACGAGAUAAACGUUAUCAAUCAAAUUUCAUCGUACACGAGUGAAGAAGGGAAGGGAAUGGAAGGGGAGACAGAAAUAUUUAUGAAAUAAGAACAACAACGGUGAAAAUUUCGUGGUACUCAAGAAUUUUAUGAAAAGAGUAUUCAUUAAUAAAAUAAAUUUGUCAAACAAAUUUAUUUUAUCCUUUGGUGACACCUUUGUCCUUUGGUGACACUCUAGAGCCAAAGGCGUGUGUGUUUAUGCCCCCUUCGGGCGAAUGGGCCAAUGGGUUAGUGGAGUCCUAUUGGGCCUGGAUCAUUCCGUUGGCAGAGGUAAAUUUGGGCUUCUAGAAAACAACAAUUCUCUUGGGCCCAAUUUCUCCUAAUCUAAAGAUUGUGAGGUUGUAAUAUGACAAACAGACAAACCAAGAUCCACAUAUAGGUUGUUCGAGAAAUUCCACUUGUUUAUAUGUUAUAAAUUAUAAUCAUGUUGAGUUUUUUGUACGAGGGAUUUUACCAUACUUUAUAGUAUUGGUGCUAUAUGUUUUUGAUUUUAUGGUACAAUUUGAAGUUGUAUCUUUAAUGUUAUGGUACAACUUCAUAUUGUACCUAUACUAUUUUGUACAAAUUCUUUUAUGGUACAAUUCAAAUUGUACAUUUAUGUGAUGGUACGACUUUAAGUUGUAAAGUUGUACCAUAACAUAAGGGUAUUUAUUCCUUUAUGGUACAACCUAAACUUAUACAUUUAAAGUUAUGGUACAACUUCAAGUUGUACUUUAAAGUACCAAUACUUUAUAGCAUAGUAAAAGUGCUCGUUUGAUAUAUAGUAAAAAUUUUAUUAACAUUUUUCAAUAUAAAUUGAAUUUUUUU